GCCAAUAAACUAGACAGUUUUUAGGUGGUUUUUAGACAGUUAACACGUUGUCAACUGGCAGUUUUUAGGCAGACUGUAAACUGGCAGUUAAUGAGCAGUUUAUUGCCCGUCUUUUUUCUCCUGGGUCUUUACAAAACAGUUGCCAGUUAAAAUGGUUGUUGAUUACCGCCGAAUACAACUUAUUUAUAUAAUAUCAUCCAACAGUAACGGCGCGCGAGGAAUUGAUGAUAAAAUGUUCUCAAGAUGUCGCAUGUAGCAUCCAAAUCUGAUCAGACGCGAACAAUUACAUAAAAGACUUAGACCCUCCGAAUAUAGAAAAGAACAAGUUACCGCAUUUGGCUGCGUUCUUUUAACAAUUAAUAAGUUUACAUGAUUAUCAAAUUUAGAUAACAGUUGCAUUCCACUCUUGUGAUAUCUCAGAUUUGCCAAGAUCCCAGUUUUGACCAAUAAUUCUCUGGUUAAAACUAGAAUUCCAGUUUUGCCCGGGAAAAGUAAGAUAAGCUUCAAGGUAAUGUAACGUUUGUUUUGACUUACAGGUCAAAGGGUAUAAUAAUGAAAAAAAUGGUCUUUAUAGUUUAUUUCGGAAUAUUCAUCGAGUAAAAGUUUGCACGUGGAGUCAUUCGAUUAAAAAUUUAAUUAAAAGUUCGCAUAAGAAAUUCGAUGCGUCCUAAAAAGCCUGAGAAAAACGUUAUCAUACUCGUGAAAAAUUGUCGACACAAAAACGAAAAAGAAAAGAUAGUUGUAGCACUCUCCUGUUUUAGGUUAUGUCCUCUCGUCCUGACAACAAUUGUGCUUUGAGUGUUUCAGUGAUUUUACUAUGUACGCAAUAUGCACCGCAAAAACACAAAUUAUUAGUAGGUGAAUAGUUAUGAAGAAACCUAAAAAUAAAAGUUUAUCGUUUUAUUUGGAUCAUCCGAUGCAGUGAUUUUCUUGUCUGCAUUUGUUACUCAACAGAAUAGAUAUCAGAAAUUUGUUUAGAAAUCAAAAGAUAAGACAGGUUUUAUCAAAAGAAUAAUGAAGUCUUCGAAGACUUGACAAAAAAGAGUUGAAUUGAAAAUUACUAAACAUGACUGAUACAUUAUGACUGCCUAUGAAGGAAGGAAAAGGAAGGGAAAGGAAAACAGAAGAAAACUAACCCUAGACGAAAUUUUUUUAAUAAAUCUGAUAAGGUUUUUACCAGUUUCUUAAAUAAGAUUCCGCAAGAAAGUCCCACGAAUUCCAUAAGGAAAGUAUAAGAGCCUUAUAAAAAAGUGGUAAGUGUUUCAUAAGAAACUGAUAAAAACUCUUAUGUAAUUCUUAUCUGUUUUAUACGAAUUUCUUGCGAGAAGCUUAUUGGAUUCUUAUUAGAUUCUGAUAAGUAUUUUGUACUAUACAGUAUUUUAUUUACUCAAAACAUAGAUAGAUUAUUUUUUUCAACACAGACGUUAGAAUAAAUCAGGAUAACAGAGAACAAGCAAAAAGUUAUUGAUUACAUUAAAGAACUUUUCAUGUAAAAACUUAAGUUCAUCACUGUUCUGCUUGAUUUGAACUUUUAGGCGUUUAUAUAAAAGAAACUAAAUUUAGAAUAAAAUUUGUUCUAUGUGUUAUUCAAUGUUCUUAUGUAUUGUCUAUAUAAAAGAGAAAACACGACAAAAUGUGCGCGUGGAAAGGAGAAAAGAAAGGAGAGAGAAAAAGAAAAAAAGUAACAGAACAAGAAAAAUGCCUAAAUUUACUAUAGGAAAUCGCAAAGACCGUGACGAUCCUGUCAGAAACUCAAAGUAUAAUUGUAAGAAGCCCGCUGUCGGAUUCGCCGUGAAAUUCUGCAUAUAUCGCCUUAGUUUCAACUAAGUUGAUGCAACGCGGCAAAAGUACGCGUUUUUCUAAUGUAUGAGCAUCACGUUUGUUCUGUAAUAAUAGAAUGUUUAACGAUUGUAUUUCUGGGUAAAAAUUCUUAUUUGAGUGUAUUUCUAUCUCUAUACGUCCAGUCUAGUUAAAUAAUAGAAUAAAGAUCGUAUCAAGGUGCUAGUGGAAAACAAAGUGCAAUCUAUUUUUUCCUCUCUUAUAUAUUUUGUUAUAAGGAUAACAAAGAUUCACUUUUCUCUUACUCUCUCGUCCAGUUUGAAAUUGUCAUUUCUAUAAUAGUACAAGUACAACUAUCUAGGUGGACGAACAAGAGUAUUCUAUAGAUCUAUCGUCAUUGUCAUCAAGCAAACAAUGAAUAGUCUUUGUUGUACAUAUCGUUGUUUGAUCAUGUAGUACAAUGGAAAAGAGAUGAAAAUGAAACGAAAAAUCUGUUUUCUAUUUUUCUCUUUUGUUCAACGUCUGAUUGAAAAGUGUAUAAAUAUAACUGAUUUUCCUCCUCCCUUGUCUUAUCUCUCUUAUCCGCAGAAACACAAUAUGGUGAAAGUAAGUGAAUUUUGUGUAUCUAUAUGUUUGAACUACUAAGAGACAUUGGAAUUAUGUUAGUUCGAAAUGCCAGAAACCUCCUCAUACCUAAUACUUCUUUCUAAUUGUAGCUGUUAAUAAAAUUUUAUUUUUUGUUGUAGUUACCAUUAAUUCUUCUCAGUGUGUUUUUUGUUCAAUUAGGUUUGGAGGAAAAUUCGUAUUUUAUCGUUUUACCAAAGUUGUUGAAGGUCAAUUAUGAAAAUCAAUUGUCGGUAUUGAUAACAACACAAGUUGAACAACCGGUUGACGUUACAUUCGAUUUGGUGGUAUCGAGUCAACAACGAAUUCAAGCUCGUGUUACAUGUCAACCAGGCGAAACGAAAAAUGUUAUUUUAAGUUUGCCAGAACAUUUUCCAGUUGGUGGUGGUGAAUUAACAAUUCGAGGAACUGGUGGUAUUCAAUUUUCACAAAAACGGGAUGUUAUCGUUUAUGAUAAUCGUUAUGUAUUAUUGGUACAAACAUCAUCACCAUCCUAUCGUCCCAGUGAAUUUAUGGAAUUACGUGUUUUGGCUACAAAAGUGCAUUUAAUGCCAAUUGAACGAGGUGUUGUUGACAUUGAAAUAUAUGAUAGUUAUUUAAAAUUGGUUGGCGAAUAUAAAAGAGUAGAAAUUCGAAAUGGUUUAACUGACAUCAUUCGAUAUCCAAUAAAUGAAUAUGUCAAUUUUGGUUCAUGGUUGGUAUCAGCAACAAUGGGCAAUACCACAUCAUCAGUUGAAGUAUUGGUUAGUGAACCAUUAAUACCAUCAUUCGAUUUAAAAGUAUUAUUUCCAAGAUUUUUAUUACGUACUGAUAUAUCAUUUCGUGGUAUUAUUGAAAUUAGUGAUGAUUUUAAUCGUCCAAUGUUUGGUCGUGCUACAAUAUCCAUUGGUCAAAUAACAGAAGAUGUAGCUAGUGGAAAACAAAAACGUGGUACACUAAUGAUGGGUGAUGGUGAAAUAAUGAGACGUGGUUUAAAAACACAAACAAUUGAUGUUGGUGGACGUGUACAACUAAAUUACGAUUUCUUACGAAUGUUUAGUGUUGAUGUUAGCAAAGCAUUGGCUGUCGAUGUUUAUGUUGAUGUUAUUUCACAAAUUUCUGGUCAACAACGAACUGUUAAACAUAUUAUGCUAAUCUUUAAUCGUGAAGUUGUCUAUGAUAUUUAUCCACUGGAAUUUGAAGCUGGUCAAAAAAUGAAUAUCAAGUAA